GCGCGGAGGCCGGGCGGCCCGCGUCCCGAGGCUCGCCCUGCGUGGGAGGGCGCGGGCGAGGAGCGGCCGAGCCCCCGAGGAGGAGCCGCGGCGCGGGACGCCGGGCCGUGCCGGCCCCGGGCCGUCGGCGAGAUGCCCUGCGGGGAGGAUUGGCUCAGCCAGCCGCUCGGGAUCGUGCAGGGCUUCUUCGCGCAAAAUGGAGUUAAUUCUGACUGGGAGAAGAAAGUAAUUGAAUAUUUUAAGGAAAAGCUGAAGGAAAAUAAUGCUCCUAAAUGGGUACCGUCACUGAAUGAAGUUCCCCUUCAUUAUUUGAAACCUAACAGUUUUGUGAAGUUCCGCUGCAUGAUUCAGGAUAUGUUUGACCCUGAGUUUUAUAUGGGGGUUUAUGAAACGGUUAACCGAAACACGAAAACACGGGUUCUUCAUUUUGGAAAAUAUAGAGAUGUAGCGGAGUGUGGGCCUCAACAAGAAGUUGAUGUGAACUCUCCACGAACCACCACUUUGGAAAGACAGACUUUCUACUGUGUCCCAGUGCCUGGGGAAUCCACCUGGGUAAAAGAAGCCUAUGUUAAUGCAAACCAAGCUCGAGUCAGUCCUUCAACAUCCUACACGCCCAGUCGUCACAAGAGGAGUUACGAAGACGAUGAAGACAUGGACCUACAGCCCAAUAAACAGAAAGACCAACAUGCCGGUGCCAGACAAGCAGGGAGUGUUGGUGGUCUUCAAUGGUGUGGAGAGCCAAAACGUUUAGAAACUGAAGCUUCUACUGGGCAACAACUGAACUCGCUGAACCUCUCUUCUCCUUUUGAUCUGAAUUUUCCACUGCCAGGAGAGAAUGGUCCUGCAUGCCUUGUGAAGGUCUAUGAAGACUGGAAUUGUUUCAAAGUAAACGAUAUUCUUGAGUUAUAUGGCAUACUGUCCGUGGAUCCUGUGCUAAGUAUACUGAAUAAUGAUGAAAGGGAUGCCUCUUCGCUCCUGGAUCCAAUGGAGUGCACCGACACAGCUGAGGAACAGAGAGUGCACAGCCCUCCUGCCUCCUUGGUGCCAAGAAUUCACGUGGUUUUAGCCCAGAAGUUGCAGCACAUCAAUCCGUUACUGCCUGCUUGCCUUAACAAGGAGGAGAGCAAAACCUGUAAGUUUGUUUCAGGUUUCAUGUCUGAAUUGUCUCCAGUCAGAGCAGAACUGCUUGGCUUCCUCACUCAUGCCCUCUUGGGAGACAGCCUGGCUGCUGAGUACCUUAUAUUACAUCUCAUCUCCACAGUAUAUACAAGAAGAGAUGUUCUUCCACUAGGAAAAUUUACUGUUAAUUUGAGUGGUUGCCCGCGGAAUAGUACCUUCACAGAACACUUAUAUCGAAUUAUUCAACAUCUUGUUCCAGCAUCUUUCCGUCUCCAGAUGACUCUGGAGAACAUGAACCAUCUGAAGUUCAUCCCCCACAAGGACUACACGGCCAACCGCCUGGUCAGCGGGCUCCUGCAGCUGCCCAGCAACACUUCCCUCGUCAUCGAUGAAACGCUCCUGGAGCAGGGACAGCUAGACACCCCAGGCGUGCACAAUGUGGCUGCCCUGAGCAACCUGAUAACUUGGCAGAAGGUGGAUUAUGACUUCAGCUAUCACCAGAUGGAAUUCCCCUGCAAUAUUAAUGUUCUCAUUACUUCCGAGGGGCGAUCACUCCUGCCGGCAGAUUGCCAGAUCCACUUACAGCCACAGCUCAUUCCACCAAACAUGGAAGAGUACAUGAACAGCCUUCUCUCAACGGUGCUGCCUUCUGUGCUGAAUAAAUUCCGCAUUUAUCUGACCCUUUUGAGGUUCCUGGAUUAUAGCAUAUCUGAUGAAAUAACCAAGGCAGUUGAAGAUGACUUCGUGGAAAUGCGGAAGAAUGAUCCUCAGAGCAUCACUGCUGACGAUCUCCACCAGCUGCUCAUUGUAGCUCGGUUUCUGUCUCUCAGCGCUGGUCAGACAACGCUGUCAAGAGAACGGUGGCUGAGAGCCAAGCAGCUCGAGUCUUUAAGAAGAACCAGGCUUCAACAACAGAAAUGUGUAAAUGGAAAUGAACUCUAAAGAUCUGAUACCUAUGAAAGAGUAAUGGGCAACUUGUAGCCACAUUAUUGUAAAAUUCAAAUAUCAUUUAUACCCGUUGUUUUGUAGAUAAUUUCUAUCAAAAACCAAUGACUUUUCCUGAAAUCAAGCCUGGUAACAUCUGAAGUUUAUAUAAUAAUAUUCAGUAAGGGCUUUUACCUUACUGAUUUUAUGGAGCUUUUGAAGUUUGUUUUAUAAUUAUAUAAAUUAGUAAUGAUGUAUAAAAAUGUAUUUGAUAUUAAAAGUUUAAUAUUGAUAAUGUUGCUGAUUAUACCAUUUCCUUAGCUUCAGCUAAGUCAUAGGCCCAACUCUGUUGAAAUGCUAAUGACAAAUACACUUGAAGAAAAUUGUUACAAUUCCUAAGUCAGAGGAAUUGUUCACUUCAGAUUUUUAUGUCUUUCCAGUUAACAGUGGGUCUGAAUGUGUUUGGUGGUCCAAGUUUGGGGAAUGGGGUGUACUUGCCAUUAAUUCACAUAACCAUGUGAAAUUCUGUAGUAUCAUUUCCCAAACAUUUGACCAUAGCAGCUUUUUUCCAUUUCACAGUUGUUAACAGCCUGCAAAAUUACCUUUUUUCAUGGCAGUGGUUCCCAGACUUUUGGAUUUCAUGGACCAGUAAUAUUUUGUAAAAUUUGGGGGACUGACAGGGUUGCCAAUUUAUUUUGCCAAGUUAUCUGAAGAAAUCACUGUAUUAUCAUCACCAUUUCUUUUUUCAUAAAAGGACAAUCUCAAAACAAGAGAGUCCUUUAAAUUGAAUAAAUGUAGCUUUUAGAAAAAAAAAUACUAUAUUGUCCUUAAUUUUCUCAUUUCACCCCAGUGAAUUUGGGAACCACUGUUUUAUGGGAGUCACUUAAGGGGGCUGCCUUAUGAAGUUGUUUUGCCCAAAUAUGAAAAGAGCAAAAUAGUAAACUUUUUUUAAAAAAAUGCCGCCUUUAGAAAAAAAAGGUUUUUAAUUCUUUUCCUAAUAAAUGUCAUUUAGUUGCUUUGAUGAUUGUACUGGAUUUUGAAUUUUAUAAGUUUACCAAUUAGUUCCAGAUGUGUUAGAUCAAGUACCAUUAUCUGCUAGUCCAGGAACUCCCUGGUCAAACUGUAGCUAGGUUUUCCCCAGACCAACUAAACACUUUUAUGUUAAAACUGUAAAGGAACAAAAAUAUCGACCCAUAAGCUAGAAAGUGAAUUUAUAUAGUAUAACAGUGGCAUCAGGAAUCUUUGGAAAGGUUAGAACACUACUUUUUUAAGCUAUCAGUGAUUAUAUAUAAAGAUUAAUUUCUUUUAGUCAGUAACUUACUUAGUUGGAAACAUUAGCGAUCAGUUAAAGGAUUCCUUAAAUUGCCCCUCCCGCCAAGGCCUAAAUUGACAUUGCUAACCAAGGAAACAGGGUCAGCCUUGAAAAUCAAGGAAUUUAUUAUGCCUGAUGAACUGAAGUGAAAAUUACUGGUUGUUUAACUUUUCCUAAAUUCAAAUCUAUUUUUAUAAACUAAUGUAAAUAAUCUGUUUAUAUUUAGAAUUCUAACUGGUUUUCAUUUUUAUAACUGAUAGCCUAGACCUUCCUUAAAAUUUUAGAAAUAAAACAAAGGCUCAAGUGGGUUUGUAAGAAUAAAAUUCAGCAGAGUAGAUUAGCUACUGUGUUUAUUGUGCCAACGUGAACUGUAAUUUACCAAAGAGUUCAUAAUUUGCUUGGUCUUGCAGAAAAGUUCCCUUGAAAGGAAAACCCUCUUCCAAAUAAAUAAAACUUCCCAAAUUACCAGUA